CGCUUUCUUUCCAGAAAGUUCGCCAAGCCAAUAAGUUCUACUGUGGAGAGAAACGCAAAUUUCCAGUUAAUUUGGAUUGUUUAAAUCCGAGAAAACGAUGGCAACGGAUGUGGAGCCGGCGGCGAAUACGGCGGACAAGUUCUCCGCCAACGCUGAGGAGCUGGAGGGCUACUAUCUGAUGCUGGAGGCGGGAAAUAUUCCGGAACUGCAGUGGCAAUUUCCGGGACGCAGGGCUCCAUCGCCGGAGGCGGGAUCUGGCGGCAAUAGCAAGGAACUCGAGCAGGCCACCGACGCCAUUGAGCAGGAACCGCAGAAGGCCAACGAUUUUGAUUUCAGCGACGAUGUGGCCCCCACCCAGAUGCGCGUCCGCAGCCAGACGUCCACGCCAAAGUCGGCCAAAAAGAAGACGGCCAACUUCGCCGGCGUCAUGGAGACGCUGAAGAAGAAGAACGCAGAGAGCUCAUAGCACACGCCGAAAUUCUGAUGCUGAUCCGGCCCAGGCAACCGGCUGCAUAUCGUACUCUAUCGCCAUGCGGACUAGCCUACAAGCAUCAGUCGUCUUACAGCCAUCGAGAGUAGGCGCUGUGAAGCUCUACUGCAAAUCGGAUCAAUGUAAGGAUUUAGAAAGAGUUUGAACUUUUGAACUCACUUAAGAUUUAAAUUACCAUAUUUAUAGUUAGCAUUUAGAGAGGAAGUUUCAACUUCAAAAAAUGGACACACUAUGACCUCUAUUAGUUAGUAUCUAAAGACGAAGUUUAUACUUCAAAUCAAAGGCGUGUAAUGACUUAAAUCACCAUAUGACUAGCUUGUAGCUGAGAACUUUGCCAACCAACUAGUUGCAACUCAGACCAUAUAUGUAACUAGCUUUUAAGGUUGUUAACUGCCAUUGCAUUGGUCAGUUCUUCAUUUUAGACUAAGAACUUGUAAUUGAGAAGAUAGCCUAGAACUAAUCAACUUAUGUUUAAGCAGAGGGAUGUGUAUCUGAUCCUUAAUUAGCACUUAGGAAAUUUACGUUCUAAAUGAUAAUUAUCCUUAUUUGAUCUAUUAUGACAAUAUUCUUGAUAGUAUUGUCUGAAACCGACGUUUGAAGACUAGAAUAUAGGAAAGAACGGAUUUAAAUGUACAUCCAAGUCGGGUAAAGCGGAAACCUAGAUAGGCAACUGGAAAUCAGUCAACUUCUGUACAUACAAGAACUGAAUUUCACAAAUAGCUGUUAAAACUAGAAUAUAGAAUAUAGUAUAAAACGGAUGUAAAUUUAAAUUUAAGACGAGUAAAGCAACUAGAUAGGCAACUGGAGAUCAGUAAACUUCUGUACAUAACAAGAACUGAAUAUAGAAUAGAAUUAGAAUAUAGAAUAGAAUUAGAAUAUAGAAUAUAGUAUAGAACGGAUGUAAAUUUAAAUCCAAGUCGGGUAAAGCGAAAACAUAGAUAGGCAACUGAAAAUCAGUCAACUUCUGUACAUACAAGAACUGAAUAUAGAAUAGAAUUAGAAUAUAGAAUAUAGUAUAGAACGGAUGUAAAUUUAAAUCCAAGUCGGGUAAAGCGGAAACAUAGAUAGGCAACUGGAGAUCAGUAAACUUCUGUACAUACAAGAACUGAAUAUAGAAUAGAAUUAGAAUAUAGAAUAGAAUUAGAAUAUAGAAUAGAAUUAGAAUAUAGAAUAGAAUUAGAAUAUAGAAUAGAAUUAGAAUAUAGAAUAUAGUAUAGAACGGAUGUAAAUUUAAAUCCAAGUCGGGUAAAGCGGAAACAUAGAUAGGCAACUGGAAAUCAGUCAACUUCUGUACAUACAAGAACUGAAUAUAGAAUAGAAUUAGAAUAUAGAAUAUAGUAUAGAACGGAUGUAAAUUUAAAUCCAAGGCGUGUAGAGCAGAUUAGUUAGUUAUUAGGCAAGUGGAGAUCACUCAACUUCUUCAAACAGCUUUUAGCUGUGCUGAUUAGUUGCUCUACUAAACUAUCUUAAACAAUAUCUACUUCUCCUUAUGAGCUAAAAAUAGACUAAGAAUUAUGACAAGCAAAGGUUGUUUCGGAAAACGUAACUCUAUCCCUUUCUUUUUCGUAGGAAAACCUUAUAUAUAAUAAUAUGAUAUGAUAAUAUGAUAUAUGAUGUUAUGUAUAGAUUGGAAUUCCCAUAUGGAAAUGAUAAAAUAAAUGCAUAUGCUGCGAACUUAAUGGUUUGCAGUUAAUAAAAGUUCGCAUUUAAA